UGUGUCUUGGCGUUUAACGUGUUAAUAUCUAUCUUGUCACGUUUCACUAAAUCAAGUAUGUAACCGUCAAAACUUCAUUAUGUUUAUUUUGGCAUAACAUCUUUCCACAUUUGUGUUGUCUCGUCAAAAUUUUUUGUGUUUUUAACAUUUUUUUUGACCUAAAAAUUUAAUUUCGGUUGCGUUCUCCAUCAUUUUAAUUUAGUGAUCCAAAGUCUCCAUCGUCUAUCAUUUCAUCAUGCCGAGGUGUAAUCCAGGACCGGGUCCAGCGGCGUACAAGCUCAGACCGCUUACCGGUUACAAAUGCCAUGACUUUACAAAAGAUAGAGCUCCGCAAUUCAGCAUGCAAAGGAAAACGAAAGUUCCUAAAGAAUGUCCAAUUGGUCCUGGACCGGCUUUCUGUCUUCAAGGAACCACGCGUUUUGGACCUAAAUGUCCAGCGGGAUGGACAAUGCCUAGGAAAUAUCCACCACCAAAGAUCGAUUGCGUGCCUGGUCCGAAAUAUUGUCCGAAAUGGGCUCAUCCGAGGGCUCCAGCUUACAGCAUUCAGCGUAAAUAUAAAUGUUGCGUAGAUGUAAUGCCCGGACCAGCGGAUUAUUGCAUAUGCAGAAAACCAAACAAUUGGCCAGCAUUCACUAUGCCGAGAAAAUACAAACCAAGAUGUCCUGAUCUCACUCCUGGUCCAUAUCCUUACGUAUGCACAACGAUUUUCAAAACGAAAGAACCUGGUUAUACGAUGAUAUCGAAGGCUUUCCCGAAACAACCAAAGCCUUGUUCGCCUGGACCUGCAGCAUAUUGCGCUAGAUUGCCAAAGAAAUGCAUGGUUGGCCAAGCAUUUGGACAUAGAGAUCAAAAUAUUGAUGUGUACUAUACAGAUGAAGAUAGAAUGCCUGCUUGCAGUCGAUAUAGAACGUGUUGAAACUGAAGAAAUUGAAGAAACUAUAGAAGAAUGUUUGAACUGGAUAACAUCGAGGAUAUCGUCA